AUGAUGAAGUCCUUCUCCCUUAACAAAGAGGCUUACUACACAUGCCACCUUAAUCUUCGCCGGUUCGUCGACUCGGGACUAUACUGUAAUUUACACAAGAUAACAAGCAUGAUGAAAGAAACAUCCGAAAAUGGAACAGAUUUAUCAGCAGAUGACAUCGGCACCAUUGAAGAGAUCCCAGAGGAUACAAUCUUAUCCAGACAAACUUCAGUCAACCUUGUCCCUUUUAUCGGUCAAAGAUUUGUUUCACAAGAUGCUGCUUAUGAGUUCUACUGUAGCUUCGCAAAGCAAUGUGGGUUCUCAAUCCGCCGCCAUCGUACCCGUGGUAAGGAUGGUGUGGGACGGGGGAUCACAAGGCGGGAUUUCACCUGCCACCGUGGUGGGUACCCACAAAUAAAGCCUUCAGAAGAUGGAAAGGUACACAGAAACCGAAAAUCCUCACGUUGUGGAUGCCAAGCUUAUAUGAGAAUUGUAAAAAGAGCAGAUUUUGAUGUCCCCGAAUGGCGUAUAACUGGUUUUAGCAACGUACAUAAUCAUGACCUUUUGAAGUCCAUUGACAUCCAUGCCCUUCCUGCUUAUUGCACGAUGUCAUCGGAUGACAAGAGUCGGAUUUGUAUGUUUGCAAAAGCCGGGAUGUCGGUUAGACAAAUGUUAAGGUUGUUGGAAUUGGAAAAAGGCGUGAAACUCGGUUGUUUACCUUUCACGGAAAUCGAUGUGAGAAAUUUACUUCAAUCUUUUAGAAACGUUGACCGUGAUUCAGACGCUAUUGACCUUCUCAAAAUGUGUAAAGACAAGAAAGAUAAAGAUCCAAACUUUAAAUACAACUUCAAGAUCGAUUCAAACAACCGUUUGGAUCAUAUUGCAUGGACAUAUUCAUCUUCAACUCAAUCUUUUGACUCUUUUGGAGAUGUUGUGGUAUUUGACACAACUCAUAGAUUGGAUUCAUACGAUAUGCUUCUCGGGAUUUUUCUUGGGGUGGAUAGUUAUGGGACAAAUUGUUUUUUCGGUUGUGUUCUUUUACGCGAUGAAAACAUACAGUCUUUUCGUUGGGCAUUAAAGACGUUUUUAGCCUUCAUGAAUGGGAAGGUUCCGGAAACAAUAUUGACUGACCAAAACAUGUGGUUGAAAGAAGCGAUUGCGAUUGAAACACCGAGAACAAAACAUGCUUUUUGCAUUUGGCAAAUCAUUUCGAAAUUUUCUGAUUGGUUUUCUGUGUUGCUUGGAUCGCGAUAUGAUCAGUGGAAAGCUGAGUUUCAUGGGCUUUAUAAUUUGCAUUUGGUUGAUGAAUUUGAGUUAAGGUGGAGAGAGAUGGUUGAUAGGUAUGGACUCCAUGGAAACAAGCAUAUUGUGAGCUUGUAUGCUUUGCGAACGUUUUGGGCUUUACCUUUUUUGAGAUGCUACUUUUUUGCUGGAAUGACAAAUACUUUUCAACCAGAGUUAAUAAAUGCUUUCAUUCAACGGUUUUUAAGUGCACAAUCUGUUCUCGAAAAUUUCAUAGAGCAGGUGGCAGUGGUGAUGGAAGCUAAAGAUCAGGCUACAUUAAAACAGAAAAUGAUUCGAAGAAGUCAAAAAAUAUCUCUAAAAACAGGUUCACCAAUCGAAUCACAUGCAGCUACUGUUCUCACACCAUACGCGUUUUCCAAAUUACAAGAACAACUGGUGUUGGCCCCACAAUACGCGUCCCUAUUGGUCGAUGAGAGUUACUUCAUUGUGCGCCACCACACCGAAAUCAUCGGUGGGUCCAAAGUAAUCUGGAUUCCAGAUGAUGAAUUCAUCAGCUGCAGUUGCCAUGAUUUUGAAUUCUCAGGAAUCCUCUGUAGACAUGUUCUUCGUGUUUUGUCCACAAAUAACUGUUUCAAUGUCCCAUAUCAGUAUUUACCCAUUCGUUGGCGAAGUCAAAUUGGUACAGGAAAUGACCAAAAUGCCCAGAAUCAGAUGUUACAGUUACAGUCGAUGGUAUCUAGUUUAGUUUCUGAAGCUGUGGAGACGGAUGAAAGGUUGAAUUUUGUUUCUGGUGAAAUUAAUAUGGUGUUGACUCGAGUCAAGGAGUUUCCGGGAGCUUGUAAUGAUAUGUCUUAUGAUGAUGAUGAUAGUACACCGGGUUCGUUGAUUCUUCCGGAAGUUGAGGAUUCUGAUAAUAGUAUUGUUCAUGGAUUUACUAGGAAUUCUCAUGAAGGUGGUUUAAAUUUAGGGAAACUGAAAGAGAGAAGAUCGAAUUCAAAGAGAAGACUAGCGUGUUGCGGGCAGUUUGGGCAGGAUUCUAAUGACUGCCCGUUGAUGGGAAGUGGUGAUAUGAAUGGAGAUGGGAUGGGGUUUUUAUAAGGGGUAUAUGAUAUGGUAAUUGGUAAAGGUUGGUUAGACGU